GCGCGGCGCGGCGACUAGGUCGGCAGUUGACGGCAGAGGAGACAGACUGCAGCAGUGGCAUGCAGGCCGGCUCGGCGCGACGCCCGCCCGUUUACACUCAGCUCCCCAGCAAGCCGCUGACCCGUCACACAGACCGCUUCAUCCCACGGCGCAGCGAUAUGGACAUGUCCGCUUCGAGACACCUGCUCAGUCACGACUCUGCCGAGGACGACGACAUAAUAAGCAAGGACAAGCUACGCUUGAGGCAGGAGGCACUGCGCUCGCUGCUGGAGCAGGUUAUGUUCCCUGAGGGUCUCCAGAGCCGGGUGCUGGUUCUGGGGACUUCAAGGAACCCUCCUGUCCCAAGACCUGACUCCUGGCCAGUGAGGCCUCGCUACCGACCGUGCAUCGCCCGCCCAGAUGCAAUACUGGACCUGCCUGCUUUCGACCCCAGCCCCCAUGUGCACAUACUGGACUGGGGCGCGGGUGGUAUCCUGGCGGCCGCUCUGCAGCGCUCCGUCUUCUUGUGCGACCUGAACGCCGCGUCCACAGAGCAGCUGACCAGGUUCUGCGAUGGCCACGGCUCCUGCGUGCUGUUCAACCCACUCGGGGACCUACUGGCUGUCGCGAACACUAUCUCCGCCAUACAGGUGUGGGAGCCUGCGGCGAGGAAGCUGAUCGUGGAGACGGCCUGCUACUGCGCGAUGCAGAGACACGGCAAGUGCAGCGUGAAUGCACUGGCCUGGCACCCGGACGGCACACACGUGGCGAGCGGCUGCUCAUGGGGCACGCUGGUGACCUGGCCACCACGCGACCCCCAGGACAUGUGCGUGGUGGUGCGAGCACACCGCGGUGCCAUCACCAGCCUGGGCGCAUCCCCUGACGGUCGCUACCUCGCCUCCUGCGGCACCGACGGCGCGCUGCGCGUGUGGCGGUGGCCUGACCUGCGCCCGCACAUGGAGAUCACCAGUCAGGACCACUGCACUCCGGUUCACGCCUGGCACCCAUGGAGACCCUCCGUCCUUGCUGUGGGCUCGCAUUGCCUCGCCGUCUACAAUGUAAACAACGCCUCUCUGCUGACGCGACAGGACUUCUCCCAGCACUUCGUCUCCGUGUCCUGCCUGGCCUGGAGUCGCCUCACAGGCGAACUGGUGGUCAGCUUGUGGGUGCACGGUGACGAGUUUGGUGAAACCGAUGAUCAUGCUGAGGUUCUGGUUUUGGCAUCUGCUAAAAAAGUAGUCGACAAACUGGAUAUCCUUGGCAGUGCGGGCAAAGUACUCUACCUGAUGUGGAGUCCAGAUGGCAAGAAGAUAGCCACUGCUAGCACAGAUGAAACACUGCAAGUGUGGACGUUCCUGAAGGAUGCCGCCUCGCCGACCAGCCAACGCCGUCCAGCUCGCCGCUUCGGGGCCGUCCUCCGUUGACACACUGCUACUCUUCUAGCCUGGUGCCAGUGCUGCAGUGUGAUGCUUGCAGGCACUGUUAUCGCCGAACAAACACUGCAAGUAAGGAUGUUCCUGAAGGAUACCGCCUCGCAGACCAGCCAGUGCUGUCCAGCUCGCCGCUUAGGGGCCACUCUCUAGUGACACACUGCUACUCUUCUAGCCUGGUGCCAGUGCUGCAGUGUGAUGCUUGCAGGCACUGUUAUCGCCGAACAAACACUGCAAGUAAGGAUGUUCCUGAAGGAUACCGCCUCGCAGACCAGCCAGUGCUGUCCAGCUCGCCGCUUAGGGGCCACUCUCUAGUGACACACUGCUACUCUUCUAGCCUGGUGCCAGUGCUGCAGUGUGACGCUUGCAGGCACUGUUAUCGCCGAACAAACACUGCAAGUAAGGAUGUUCCUAAAGGCUGCUGCCUCGCCCUCUGACCGGCACCACCUGCACUGCCACUUCCAGGUGACAGGCUACUUUCUCUUGCUUGACGUUUACUUUUUCUAAAGUAUAACACAUCUAGACGCUGGGUGCUCAGCUUCUUGUACAGAAGCUUGAAACAUCUUAUUGUAUGCAAAUUGGUAUACAUUUGAGAAAAUUAAAUGAUAUUGGCUAAAUAACAACUAAACACUUACAAUAUUAACUCCUUUCUUGAAAUAAUUUAUACAUUUUAUGUUGUUUUUUAUAAAUGGUUGAAACACUUGUUUCAAAUAAUAUUUGCCAUUUUACUUUUGUAUAAAUAAACAUUUUGUCAAAUUAAAGUUUAUAUGCCAUCGCCAGUAUUGUAUGUGCCAUGACUUACGAAAUAAACUGUUAAACUGUAUAUUUACAUUGUUUUUUUUAAUGGUGACCAGAAAUAAAUUUUGCUUGAUUUUUG